AUGCCUCUGGGUUCUGGAGCCUCCGUUGCCAGCCUCACAGGGAUCGCCGUAUCGCUCCUGAUCGCAGUCGUCGGAGCAAAUAUCCUCAAACAGCUCUUCUUCCGUGACGCCAAACUACCUCCCGUGGUCUUCCACUACCUCCCCAUCAUCGGCAGCACCGUCUCCUACGGCCAGGAACCGUACGCGUUCUUCUUCAAGUGCCGCGCCGAGUAUGGCGACAUCUUCACCUUUGGACUAUUGGGCAUGAAGGUGACGGCCUUUCUGGGCACCAAGGGCAACGAAUUCAUCCUCAACGGCAAGCUGAAGGACCUCAAUGCCGAGGAAGUGUACGGCCCGCUCACAAUCCCGGUAUUUGGGACGGGCGUCGUCUACGAUAUCCCCAAUGCCCGCUUCAUGGACCAGAAGCGUCUGCUCAAGGAGGGUUUCACGUCCAAAUCCCUCCGCGCAUAUGUGCCGCAGUUUGUGAAAGAGACGGAGCACUACUUAGCUACCAAUGCUGCUUUCCGUGAUCGCAAUAGCGGCAUCGCCGAGAUCGACGGCGUGUUCGCUGAGAUCAGUCUUUAUACGGCCGCCGGCAGCCUGCAGGGCGCCGAAGUACGCGCCAGCCUAGACAGCACCUUCGGCCAGCUCUACCGGCACCUCGACGAUGGCUUCGCGCCCGUCAACUUCAUGCUGCCCUGGCUGCCUCUUCCGAUCAAUAUCCGCCGUGACCGCGCGCAGCGGGCCAUGGCCGCCUUCUACGGCGACAUCAUCCGCAAGCGCCGCGCCGAGGGCAACAAGGCCGGCACAGACGACAUGCUGUGGGCAAUCAUGGACGCCCGGUACAAAGACGGCACGCCACUCCAGGACGGCGAGAUCGCCAACCUUAUGAUCGCGCUGCUCAUGGGCGGGCAGCACAACACGGCCAGCAGCGGCACGUGGAUCAUGCUGGAGCUCGCGCACCGGCCGGACCUCAUCGAGGAGCUGUAUCGGGAGCAAGUGACGGUCCUGGCCGGCGAGCCACUGAGCUACGAGACGACGCAGAAGCUCACGUUGCAUAAUCAGGUCAUCAAGGAGACGCUGCGCCUGCACUCGCCCAUCCACAGCGUCAUGCGCAAGGUCAAGUGCGACAUGCCCGUGCCGGGAACGGAUAUCGUGGUGCCAAAGGGCCAUAUCCUGCUCGCGGCACCCGGCGUGUGUGCGCGCAGCGAGCAGUUCUUUCCGGAGCCGAUGCGUUGGGAUCCUCACCGUUGGGACGCCCCUUCCGACUCUGAAGAGGCUGCUGACGGGGAAGACAAGACCGACGACACUAUCGACUACGGCUACGGCGCGGUGUCGAGCAAGUCGGUGCACUCACCAUACCUGCCCUUUGGUGCGGGGCGGCAUCGGUGCGUGGGCGAGACGUUUGCCUACGCGCAACUCCUGGGGAUUCUGGUCACGCUGGUGAGACUGCUGCAGUGGGAGCAGGUGGAUCCUGAGGCGGAGGUGCCCAAGACGGAUUACUCGAGCAUGUUCUCCAGGCCGGUACAUCCGGCGAGGAUACGGUGGCGGCGGCGGUGGGGGAGGAUGGACGGAGAUUCGAAGGCGUAG